AUGUCGAAGUUUGUCGCUCUUCUGCUGCUCGCGACGGUCGUCGCCGUUUCGGCCGAGAUCCGUUCCGCCCAGGACGUCGACUGGAGCCAGGUACGCCGGUUCUACGACCCUAAGGCAGACGCUCCAAUUCGUCGCAUCAACAAUGGCCAGAUCGCUUCUCCGACUGAUGUACCGUGGGCCGUUGGACUGCUGAUCUCUUUGCCUUCCGGCACGGACUUCUGCGGAGGUGCUCUCAUCUCACCAACUCAUGUCCUGACGGCUGCCUCCUGCGUGAACGGCCAAACCUCUAUCACGGCAAUGCUCGGUGCGAGCACGAUUGCCACCACGUCCGACUUUGUGCCAGUGUCGCACGUUCGAGUGCAUCCCGACUACAGCUCCUUCCUUGAGCGGGACGACAUCGCCAUCCUAACGCUGGCUCGUCAACCUCGGUGGAACGAACAAAUCCAGAUUAUUAACCUGCCACGUCGCAUGUAUAUCGGCCACUCGUUCAACACGUACGUCGCGACGAUCUCGGGCUGGGGUGAAACCGGUACCAACACUGGCGAACCUCUGCCAAUGCCCCAACUCAGCUUCAUCCGCAGUCCGGUCAUCACGAACCUGAGCUGUGAGUUGUCCUUCCUGCUGACGAACAUCCGCUCGACGCACAUCUGCAGUGCCACUGACAACGGUGCUCCGUGCAUUGGCGACCAGGGUGCUCCAGUGACGGUUACUGAAAACGGUGAAACUUUCCUGAUUGGCAUCCACGUCUUCACGGCAUCUCGGUGCGAGCGUGGACGUCCGGCCGUCCACGUCCGUCUCACGGAGUACAUGAACUGGCUCGAGCUGAACACCGACACACUGAUUCGUCCGUAA